AUGGAUUUGGUGAACUUCGCCGCCACAGACGUGGAAGAAGCUUUGCGCUUGUCGUUUGGAGGAAAUGAAGUUCUGGGGGCACCCAGCACAGUGCCGGUCGCGCCGGCUCUACGAUGCACGAUGCUGCUGAGCAGUUUGUUCUUCAGCGUUUUCUUGGCAGUCAUUCUGUUACGGAUGAGCCGGUUUGUGGCGAGUGUGAGAGAGGUGGCAGCUGCUUGUAUCGAAGCCCGCUUGGUGAAGGCAACGGAGGCUUUGUCAUUGGUCCCAGUGAUUGCCAUACUAAUGAUUGGGACGCGGCUUCGUGCGGUGCAGUUGGCAGGAAAUGCAUUGGGCGCACCCCCCAUCUGGGCACAGCUGUGCAUGUAUGGUGCAACCCUCGCCUGCUUUGUUCGAUUCAUCGCGGACGUCUCGUCAGUCCGACACAGUGACUCCGAAGCUCAGGACACCAUCACCACUGCAAUGGUUGGUGUGCGCCACACUGCCACUGCUUUUCUCUUCCUGUGCUGUGGCGCCAUCGUGUUGAGCACCGUCACCAUGCAGGCACAGACUGGCAUCAGCGAGCCACUGGGACCAUCCAUGCACUGUACACUUGCACUGGUGUUGUCGUAUCUGGUCGAAAGUGGCAUCCGGGAGAUUGUGGCCGCGCCGCGCAAAUCUCGCAAAAUGGAGGAUCCCCCCUAUGGCGCGAUUUCACCGAUGUCGAGCCCGGAGUUGGAAGAAGAUCCGCUUGUGCUUCCUAGGCGGACCUCGCUGCAGUUUCCACCCAUGCUGUGCGUAUUGUUGGUGGCGAUUGCUUUGCGGGCCGUGCAGCUGCAACUGGAGACCAGGCCAUGGGCAGCUUUUGCCAUGUAUACGACCACAGUUGCCACCAUCGCGCAGGCUGCGCGGUCAAUCUAUGCAGUCAUCCACAAUCAGGAACUCCCCAAAACGAGCUUGCUGGGUGAUGAAGCUGCUGGACCUGCAUUCUCGCCGAAUGUGGGAUUGGACCGGCAGUCGCUGGGUGUCUUCUGGGCGGCCACAACAGGCUGCAUCUAUGUCGGAACAGUUGUGGUGCUUCUCAGCGUUGCAGCGAUGGAGUCCAAGGGCCCGUCGCCGGAAGUUGCCUCGAGCCCUCCCCUCUCAACAGCCAUGAAGUGCGUUAUGACCCUGACUGUUGUCUACUACCUCGCCUACCUGGCUCUGGUGGUCGGCAAUUUCAUGCGGCAGACGAUGGGUUCCUGGGCCGUCAACUCUGCUGGGGGAGUUCAGCGCAGUUUGGCCUUCGCUCCGAUGCUCUGCGUGAUGAUGAUAGGCUGCCGUCUGCGUGCCAUGCAAAUUGGCGUUCGCGAUCCACCCUACUGGGCACAAUGCAGCAUGAUGGUGGCCACGGCCGCUGUUCUGAUCCAGGUGAAGUGCAGUCUCGUUUCCGAGAGCGAGUUGAUCACCGAGAAGUUGAACGACAGGGAUGUGGCGACGAAGCUGGCGGUUCUUCUGAUCCUCGCUUUGCGCUACGCUGCCAGCUCGGCAGUGCAUGCUAUACGAUAUCUUGGGCCCAGCAGCAGCCAAGACUCGCAGGGCAGCUGUCUUCGUUUCGACUCUCAGGAUUCCGUUCUUGAGGACCAGAUUGGGAGGGACAGCCUACAACGGCAGAUGGAUGUGCUCGUCGGCCUUUGCACAGCGCUCUCGAUGGAUCAGGCAGCCUUGAGUCGCACCCUGCAGAACAUAGACGAGAAACUGAGCCGGCUAACGGAGCAGAAAGCGCCUGCGCCACGCAACAAGGCUGUGUCAAUGAUAGCCAACGCCGUGUCCAGAGCUUCUUUGCCCCUGUCGCUACCUUCACCAGUGCAAAGUCGUGGGCUUUCCGCUUUUAAAGAUUUUAAGGACGUGGAUCAACUCUGGGAUGCCCACUCGAUGAAGGCCCCGAGGCUGUCGCCCUCAACAAGCCGUUUCGGCCGUCAGAACAGUCGGAGGAGCUGCGGGGAGACUGAUUCUCGGACAGCCUCGAAGGACAAGCCGCGGCCACCGCCCAUUGCUAUUUCCAAGCCAUCUCAGGUGCAGCCAGACCCGCCCUCGGCGAGUCCUCCCUCCCCAGUACCGGAAGAGGAAGGCUUGUCGCCCAAGGAGCCGGCGUGGACAUCUAAAAGCUCGAAGAGCCGUGGCUUUCACAACGAGUCCAAGCCUUCGAAGACGUCCAAGAAUUCGGGAGACCGCGAUCGCCCGCUUGACAUGAAUGUUUCAACUGGCAUGACCAACAGCGACAUCUCUUUGAGCAACCUCUUUCGCCACCGUGAGGCGCAGCUCAUUCCGAGUACGCCUCCUGCUGCCCCCUCACCGGGCCCGCUGGGCUCGGCGAAGCACAGCGAGGAAGAUGAGGAGUUCAUCGAGUUACCCGAGUCACCGAAGGAAGAGUUGAUGUCAGCCGAGCAGCCGAUUCUCUCGAUUCGAGCCUGGCUCGGUUUCAUUCACAUCCUUUGCCGCCUCAUUGGGCUCAUCCCUGUGGCUCAGGGGAAGGUGCAGAGCAGCACGAUCUCGCCUUGGAAGCUGUCGCCAAAAGCUUUUGCAAUUUCCAAAAUCUACCACUGCUGCGUUUUGUUUCUGGCCAUUGGAUGCCUGCUUGCUAGCGGCGCAGAGCAGGUGGUGUGUACAGGGGCAGAAGCACAUUUCUUCUGCGUUUCCGCCUUGGCCACAGAUUGCAUGAUUUGUCUUGGCACCUUGGUGGCCCUCUGGUCCUGCGGCGGAAUUCUGAGCUACCGGAAGACGGCGGAAGCGCAGAUGCAGAUCUCCGAACAUCUUGCGGAAUACAUCGAGGGAGCCGGCCUGUCUGUCUAUUGGGCCAAGCAGAAGUCGGUGGAUGGAGCCCUCAUGGCGCUGGUCUGGCUGUUGGUCGUAGGAAUUCGGACUUGGUCCGUUCUGGUCCAACCGGCUGUGGACGCAGUGGGUGCUUUUCAGGUGGCCAGUUACGCGUUUACCACCGCAGGCCUACUCUGUGCCUGCUAUCUCCAG